UCCGACAAAAGAGGCCGGAGAAACCACAAACCCCAGAAGGCCUCGCGUCCCUUCUUCUCCCUCCCCUCCAGGAGUCGGACUGCUGUUUUUGUUGUUGGUGGAAGGUGAGGGAACAGCUGAUCGGAGAGUGGGAGGAGGGCCGAUAUCUUCAGGGCAGGAUGGAAGAAUCAUCACUAAGCCGGGCACCUUCCCGAGGUGGAGUCAACUUUCUGAAUGUAGCCCGGACCUACAUCCCCAACACCAAGGUGGAAUGUCACUAUACCCUUCCCCCAGGCACCGUGCCCAGUGCCAGCGACUGGAUUGGCAUCUUCAAGGUGGAGGCUGCCUGUGUUCGGGAUUACCACACGUUUGUGUGGUCUUCGGUGCCCGAAAGUGCGGCUGAUGGCUCCCCUGUCCACGCCAGCGUCCAGUUCCAAGCCAGCUACCUGCCCAAACCUGGAGCCCAGCUCUACCAGUUCCGAUAUGUGAACCGCCAGGGCCGGGUGUGUGGGCAGAGCCCCCCUUUCCAGUUCCGAGAGCCAAGGCCCAUGGAUGAGCUGGUGACCCUGGAGGAGACCGAUGGUGGCUCUGACAUCCUGCUGGUUGUCCCCAAGGCCACCGUGCUGCAGAACCAGUUGGACGAGAGCCAGCAAGAGAGGAAUGACCUGAUGCAGUUGAAGCUGCAGCUGGAGGGACAGGUGACAGAGCUGAGGAAUCAAGUCCAGGAUCUUGAGACUGCUCUGGCAACCGCCAGGCAGGAGCACGCUGAGCUGAUGGAGCAGUACAAGGGGCUUUCCCGGUCCCAUGGGGAGCUCAUAGAAGAGAGGGACAUCCUGAGUCAGCAACAGGGAGACCAUGUGGCGCGCAUCCUGGAGCUGGAAGAUGACAUCCAGGCCAUCAGUGAGAAAGUGCUGACAAAGGAGGUGGAGCUGGACAGGGUGAGGGACACAGUGAAAGCCCUGACUCGGGAACAAGAGAAGCUCCUCGGGCAACUGAAAGAAGCGCAGGCAGACAAGGAACAAAGCGAGGCUGAGCUCCAAAUGGCACAAGAAGAAAACCAUCGCUUAAAUUUGGAGCUACAGGAAGCAAAGGGCCGGCAGGAGGAACAGGGUGCUCAGGCCCAGCGACUGAAGGACAAGGUGGCCCAAAUGAAGGAUACCCUAGGCCAGGCCCAGCAGCGUGUGGCCGAACUGGAGCCCCUGAGGGAGCAGCUUCGAGGAGCCCAGGAGCUCGCAGCCUCAAGCCAGCAGAAAGCCGCCCUUCUCGGGGAGGAGCUGGCCAGCGCAGCGGGAGCCAGGGACCGCACAAUGGCCGAGCUCCACCGCAGUCGCCUGGAAGUGGCCGGAGUCAACGGCAGGCUGGCUGAGCUCAGCCUGCACCUGAAGGAGGAAAAAAGCCAGUGGAGCAAGGAGCGUGCGGGGCUGCUGCAGAGUGUGGAGGCGGAGAAAGACAAGAUCCUGAAGCUGAGUGCAGAGAUACUGCGACUGGAAAAGGCAGUUCAAGAGGAGAAGACCCAGAACCAAGUGUUCAAGACUGAACUGGCCCGGGAAAAGGAUUCUAGCCUGGUGCAGCUGUCAGAGAGCAAGCGGGAACUGACAGAGCUGCGGUCAGCCCUGCGUGUGCUCCAGAAGGAAAAGGAACAGUUGCAGGAGGAGAAGCAGGAGCUGCUGGAGUACAUGAGAAAGCUGGAGGCCCGCCUGGAGAAGGUGGCAGACGAGAAGUGGAGUGAGGGCGCUGCCACAGAGGAUGAGGAGGCGGCCUCAGGGCUGAGCUGCCCAGCGGCUCUGACAGACUCAGAGGAUGAGUCCCCAGAAGACAUGAGGCUCCCUCCUUAUGGCCUGUGUGAGCGCGGAGACUCGGGCUCCUCUCCUGCUGGGCCACAGGAGGCUUCUCCCCUGGUUGUCAUCAGUCAGCCGGCUCCCAUUGCCCCCCACCUCUCAGGGCCAGCUGAGGACAGCAGCUCUGACUCGGAGGCUGAAGAUGAGAAGUCAGUCCUCAUGGCAGCUGUUCAGAGUGGGGGUGAGGAGGCCAAUCUGCUGCUUCCUGAGCUGGGCAAUGCCUUCUAUGACAUGGCCAGCACCAUCUUCCGUGGAGCCCAAAUUGCCCUGCAUCCCCUCUCUCCUGCCCCUUCCCCCUCCCCAGCCACCAGUGGCUUUGCAGUGGGUCCCUUGUCAGAGGCCAGCACUGGGGGCCCUGCCACCCCGCCGCCAUGGAAGGAGUGCCCCAUUUGUAAGGAGCGGUUCCCGGCCGAGAACGAUAAGGAUGCGCUGGAGGACCACAUGGAUGGACACUUCUUUUUCAGCACCCAGGACCCCUUUACCUUUGAGUGAGCUCACCCCUCGCCCCAGGACAUGCCCAGAUACACUUACACACAGACACACACUCACGUACAGACAUACACUUAGGUAUAAUAUCUUUCCUGAUACGCGGGGCUCCAUGAUAUUCUGUUCCCCAAGAACCGCUCUCUGAACCGUGUUCAUCCUAAGCUCUUGCCUUCAUCCUGUCCUGCCUGGGGCUCUUCUGUCCAGGCAGGGGCCCUCCUUGGAAGCAGUGGCUGACUUCACCCCCUGAAAGCGGUUUGGGAGGAACCAGGAUGGAGGAGAGCAUCCCCCGGGGGACUAGAAUCACCCCCUCCUAGCCCUGGUUGCUCUGUCACUGACACGAGCCACCACCCCACUGCCACCACACUGCCACAGACACACACACACACAGGCACUCGCACUCACUCUCUCACACACACACACUGCUGCCCCAAAGCCAAUUCCUGGGGCACCCCACCCACUUUUAGUCGGGGUCUGUGCCGGUUUACCUGGGUUUUCUCAGGGUCCUGCAUGGAGGCGGUGGCGGCAUGGGCAUCAUGGCCUCUUUGGGUCUCUCUCAGUUCUAAGUUUCAGUGGUUCUUUCUGUUCCCCCCCCCCAUCCCAGCCCCAUGGCCUGCACCCUGCCCCAGCCUUUCCCACACCAUUAGGUAUGAAGUUUGGAGGUUUCUUUUGUAUUUUUGAGGUUUUCUGUACUCUAGCUCCUGCCCCUCUCUGCCAUCCCUCCCCCAGUGUCCUCACAUGGAAAGAAAUAAUGCAUUUGUGCCUUCUGUGAGGGAUGGGGGGAACAAAGGGUCCCAGGUGUCCCCAUUUCUCACCCCUUCCUCCCUCUCCAGGUUCCCCCACAGCAAUAAGAGCUUUCCUUCAUUAUCCCUCCCUCGAUCUGUAGUUUGGACAAAUAUAUUUAUAUGAUAUGUAUACCAAUUCUAAUAAAAUGUGUUCUUAUCA